AUGAGGAGCCACACCAAGUUCCACAGCUGCAAACCUGGUUGGAUUUCUGGUCCAAGUGGUUGCUAUCGUUUGUUUAUUGGCAAUGCUCGAAGACUCAAUGCCAAAGAAAUGUGUUACACUCAUGAUAGUCAUUUAGUAAUUAUUGACAGUUUAGAAGAAAAUAAGUUUCUUUCAGUUUUACUUCAGACCAAUAAUGAUAACCAUGUCUGGUUGACAGAUGGUCUCAUGUUUAGAAAGAGAUGGACAUGGAGAUCUCACGUUAAAGUCAUAUCUACUUUCUAUUGGUUUCCUGGAUGGAUGCCUAAUAAGGAGUUUGCAGAGCCAAGCAAAAGAGGGAGAUGUAUUAGUUUAUCCAAUAUGUUUGAGUAUAAUGGAAAACUGUAUAUGACUACUUACUUCUUCUGGAAGGUAACUAACUGUAACUCAGUCACAGGUUUUAUCUGUGAACGGAAGAAAACACCUCAUAUCACAGAAGUUACUGAUACUGUCCUUAUUCCUGGUCUUACCAUUGUUGUUUUAACUAUUGUCGCUGCUAAUGUCAUUGUUCUUAAUUUGUAUAAAGCUAAUGUCAUCUGUGCAGCUAUUGUUUCUGCAAACGUUGUCGUUGUCUUCCUGUUGCUAUUGUCAUUGUUUUCCUUAUUAAAUGCAACUUGGGAUUAUUCAUGA